AGCAGCAGAGCCAGAAUGCGGCCGCACUGGAUUGUGGGUAAGCCGGAAGUAAACAAACACACGUGGAACAUGGCGUUUCCAAAGCAGAAACCUCAGAGGAAACGUGAGGAUGUUUUCAAGGAAUUUCGGGAAUUGUUUUUCUCCAUGAACCGCCUGACUUCAUUUCCCUGGACUCUUAUAGAGGAGCUGCAGAGCAACGAGGGGUCAGAGUUCAUCUCUGAGCUGCUGAAGCAGACGUGCCUUCAUCCUCUGUGCGGGAGGUUUCCACCAUCGGUCCGAUUCAGGAGGCUGUUCCUGUCUGAGCUCAUUAAACGGCAGGAGGCUGCAGGCUGCGAGCCUCUGGAUGAGCUGUACGAUGCCCUGGCUCAGGUGGUGGGAGAGGAGGAGACCUCCGACUGCUACAAGAGCUACUUCCUGCCUAACGGAGGCGCCGUCAGCCUUCUGGAGAACGUGGCUCUGAUAUCGGAGGGGACGACGGGCCUGGUGACCUGGGAAGCUGCUCUUCAUCUGGCAGAGUGGGCUCUUGAAAACCAGCAGCUGUUCAGCGGCAGGUCGGUUCUGGAGCUGGGAAGCGGCGUUGGAUUGACCGGAAUCGCCGUCUGCUGCUCCUGCGACCCGCUCAGGUUCGUCUUCAGCGACUGUCACCCGGCGGUUCUGCAGAAACUCAGAGAAAAUGUCCGUCUGAACGGGUUUGGAGAGCAGACGUCUCCGGCUGUCAGCGUGGAGGAGCUGGACUGGACUACGGCGACGGAGGAGCAGAUCCGCCGGAUCGGAGCCGACGUGGUUCUGGCUGCAGACGUGGUGUACGAUCCAGAGGCGGCAGGAAGUCUGGCGGCCCUGAUGCUGAAGAUCCUGAGCUGUGGGCCGGCGGAGGUCUACGUCUGCUCCACGGUGAGGAACCCGCAGACCUACGGCGGCUUCAAGCUGCAGCUCGAGGCAGCAGGACUGGACCACGAGGUGCUGAGCGGACCCGCCGGCGCCGUGUUCCCGUACCAUAGGCUGGCUCCAUUAGAGCUCAUCAAAGUGUUCAGGAAGCCCAACGCAGCAGAAUAAAGAUUUUUAUUUACAGAUUUGGAUCAGAAAACAAAAACGAAGGAUUUUCAUCUCUGCCUGAGAGCAUCCAGCAGAGGAAGAACCUUCUGGUCCCAGUUAUCGUCCCAGCGCUGCCCCCUGCUGGCCCACAGGUUCCUCCUGAACGCUCCCAGUCUGCCGUCUGAACUGGGAAACUCUGACAGGAGAGACUGGAAACAGCAAAGGGACACAAUUAGACUUUAAACAAACAGGAAGCAGAUUAUUUCAGUUCCUGGGUGAUUGACAGGCAGACCGGUUGGACAGAGCUGCAGGAACAGACAUUAAAAAUCUUUUUUCUUGAUAUGAUUA